AUACCCCUGAUUGCCCCACUUCUGUUAUCCUUAUCAUUCGUAUCUUCAUUAGCUACCCCGUACUGAUACUUCUAGUUUCCCCUUCUCCGCCCACAAAGUGUGGGAACUUGUGCCGUUCUCCACCUCCUUUCUCCAAUCCUCUAUCCGAUGCCGCGGCCACGAGUCAAGCCGCAAGACCGGAAGCGUUCCGUUAGGGCAUGUCUUGCGUGCAAAACAUCGAAGAAACGUUGCGAUGGCACUCAACCAUGUCGAACAUGUCUAAAAAAGGGCAUUGCGGAUUCCUGUACAUUUUCACCCCAACGGCGUGGAGUACAGUCUGUCCAAACUUCUGGUCCUGCAUCACUACAGCCGUUGCCGCCGGUGGAAGUUGAUCCCCAAGUGGGCACGGCCAGAUAUAACAUAGCAACACCCACCGAAAGAAGACCGCGUCCACGGGAAAGCGACGAUGUGCGUAGUACACGAGAUACAACGCCUUCCGCCGGGCAACGGUCAACCAUGCUGUAUAGCUCCAGCGGUGAAAGAGUUUAUAUGGGUGGCGCGGCUGCUGUGUCGUUCCUACAGUUUCUGCAAGCGAUAGUGAAGCGCUAUGUUGGGCCUGUCGGAUUCACUGAGAGCCAGAAUAGUCGCAAGAUGUUUGAAGCCGACGUUCCUGACACUGGGACAGACUUCUUUGCUGAUGAGCUCAUGGAGACAGAAAAAUGGGCCCUUGUUCAGUGCUUCUUACAUGUGUCUAACGGUCUCUUGGAUCUCUUCACUUGGGAGGAGGUAAAUCGAAUAGUAAAGGUGUCCAAUAGUAACCGUAUGCCGAACUCCGGUCGGCUGGACAACAGUGUAAAGGAAGACCUUACCGCUCUGUACAUGAUGGUUGCUAUAGGGGCGCAAUGCAAAGGCAGCACACAGGAUGACCUCCUGUGUGCAGCAAGAUACUUCUCUCAAGCCAGGAAGAUGGCAUUCGAGGGAUUCCUGGAAGAUCCGACUGUUUAUUUGGCCCGUGACUUUUUAUUGAUGGCCUUUUAUAUGUUUGGAGCCUGCCGUCGAAACUCGGCUUUCAUGUAUAUCGGAGUGGCGGCCAAAGCCUCUAUAGUUCUUGGGUUACAUGUGUCGGGGCAGUACAGGCAGAUGCCCGCGGAGGAGAGGGCUCGAAGGCUACGAAUUGGCAAAAGCAUACGGGUACUCGAUCUCGUAUCUAGCUCUAUCUUGGGUAGGCCGGGAAGCACUUCAUCACUCCGCACCAACGACGUUUAUGCGAAUGAUCUCGACCAAGACGCCAAUCACCGAACUUUAGCUAUCAAUGCUGCGUACGAGGCCUCUUCGGUAUUGGAGGCUAUUGUCCAGAGGCUUGCAGAGGGAGAGAAGUUUGAUACUAAUUCUGCGGAUCACUUUUUGCAGAUCUGGCACGAAUGGAGUCAGGCACUCCCCGACAAGCUCCGUCUACGGCCGCGGAAAGAGUCUGAACCAGGAUUCAAUUCAAAACAUCGGGAAGAUAUGAUUGGGAAUAUCCAUGUCGCCUGCAUGUACUACUUUGGUGUCAUCCUUGUAACACGUCAAUCGUUGAUACAACAUAUUAUGCCACAAAUCCGUGGCAAGCAACUAAAGAAAAGGCCUUCUCGCCAGGAUAAUGGCGAAGAAGGUACCGAGAAGGCCGCUGAGUUGUCCAGUGUCUGCACGGAUGCUGCAACCUACAUGGCACAGAUGUGUUGUGAUGCAGCUGAAGCUGGGAUUCUGUGGGGGAAUAUGUGUAUUUUAAAGGCAUGGCUCUUUGCAGCUGGGCUAGUCUUGGGAUUUUCUCUUCUCGCGGAAGCACAGACGACUUCGGAAAUUCGCGACGCCUUCUAUGGCGCAUGCCGGCUGCUUGGUUCACUAGGUCACUUGAGCCCCCAGGCUGCACAGUAUCACCGUAUCCUUACGAGCUUUUCCGAGGCCAUUGAUGUCUAUCGCGAGAGGCUACGGAGUGAACGGUAUGAGUCUCGAACGCCGUUUGUUGAACGAAUAUUAACCCUGGAUCCGAGCGGUGGCACGAAUGGCGACCAGCAAAGCCCUCAAGAGCCCACAUCAUCGAUCGUCACAACGAAUAACGGUCCAAUAGCGGAAGAGAAUGAAGAUGAGUCUUUCAUGGAAUCACUGUCAGGCUUUCUAAGUCUACGACAAAUGCCUGACUGGUCACCACCGCCGGGCAAUGACGACCUAAUGCUGCGCCUCUUCUGGGAAGGGUAUGCCUUUAAUUUCACAGAUUAUCUCCCACCAGAUCAUACAGAACCUCCCUCGACCUGAGAAACCGGGUGAUAUAGAUGUCGGAUUAUGGAUUUAGCGAAUGCUUUGAGCAAACAUGCCAACCUGGAAAACCCUUGAAGGUAUACGAGGAGGAGGGGAAUAAAAUGCACGAAUAUUUAGUAGCAAUAUGUCUUACGAUUUAAACCCCCAAAGUUGCCCAGUCGGCGGGAUCCGACUCGGUUAUGGGUUUCUAGUCUCCAAGUAUGCGGCAUUAUUUGCUAGCACAGCAAAAUAACCGCAUAGUUGUUUUACCUUCCUAGCAAUGCCAGAAACACUGGUUUCUGAGACUAUGUCAAACCCUAGCAUAAGGAUUCUACCUUGAAUGAUGUAUUGGUCUGAUCCAAGGUGCGAUUGGCUUACUGAAUAUGUCGAUGAAAGGAAUAGACUUCCAGGUUGAAUACCAAGCUAAAAAGGGCAAAACAAGAAUGCGACAGAGAGAACCCUUAGAAAAACAUUCGCUGGCUGUAUGCAAGGAAUAACACGUAUGUGCCUGAUGAAAGAGGG